UCUUUAUAAAGGCCAGGCCGCAGCUGCGGAAGGGGGAAGUGGCCUUGAGGCGUCAGCCCGAACUCCGGGGUCCAGUGUGGGAGGCAGAGACCGGAGCAGCCAUGAGCUCCCAGCAGAAUCUACAAGGGGGCAAGGCCUUCGGGGCGCUGAAAGCCCAGCAGGAGAAGGUUCUGGACUCUCUCAAUAAGGAAUUCCUGGACGACCCCAAAUACAGCACAGAUGAAGACCUGCUGGAGAAGCUGGAGGCCUUCAAGAAGAAAUACAUGGAGUUCGACCUCAAUGGGAACGGAGACAUUGACAUCAUGGCUCUGAAGCAGAUGCUGGAGAAGCUGGGGGCGGCCAAGACCCACCUGGAGCUGAAGAAAAUGAUCACGGAGGUGACGGGCGACCUCGGCGAGACCAUCGGGUACCGGGACUUCGUCCACAUGAUGCUGGGCAAGCGCUCGGCCAUCUUCAAACUGAUCCUGAUGUACGAAGACAAAGCCAAGGAGAAAGAGGAGAAGCCGGCUGGCCCCCCCGCCAAGAGGGCCAUCGCUGACCUCCCCUAGCUGCCCCCGGCACCCCCCUCCGGGGGCUGUUGGGGAGGCCCCGGGCAGGGAGCUUCUCCGCCCCUGCUCUGGGGUUCCCAUGGUUCACGCCGCUGCUAGAAACCAAGCCACUAACAACGUCUGCAGGGGGGCCUGAGGGUCAGCACUCAGGCUGGGGGGGCAGGGUGGGGGGGCUGGGGGGCUGCCGCUAGAGGGCAGCACGGCAGGAGGGGGGGUGCAGUUUUGUGGGACCCACUAGGGGGAGCCGUCCUGGGGGGCAUGUCCUGGGGGGAGGCUGGUUUUGCAAGGGUGUCCUGGGGGGCAGAGCUGAGCCCCCCUUGGUUCACCGCAACAUGACCCCUGGGCUGAGGGUCGUGACCUCUCUCCUCCCCCCCGCCCUCUUUGGCCCUAGCUUCCAGAUGCUGCAAAGGAUUCUGGGAUUUUUAGACCAUAUCACCCCCCCACCUGCACGACAUAUGCUAAGCCUGCAAAGGAUUCUGGGAUUGCCCCUCCCCCCCGCCAGACUCACGCCAGCCCCACAAAGGAUUCUGGGCCAGCCAAGGCAGGGGAGGUUAAAGGUCGAGAGCCCCUUGGCACUCAUGGGGCCGGCGUGAGGGGUGAAAGGUCGGAGGUCACAGGGGGUGACCCAUACGUGCAGCACUGUCAAUAAAGGCCUCUUAAUGAC